AUGGAUCACCCUUUCGUUACAUCAGUCUACUGCACCGGAACAUCAUACGAGAUCAGUUACACACACGGCAGCACCGUUGCAAAAGAACUCCAUUGCAACAUCACAACAUACACUACCUUCUUCCAGGAGACUGCACAAAUCACUUGGGAAAAGGCACGAGAAAGGGCAGCAACACAAUUUGUGCCAUCAUUGGAAAAUAACUAUCCUCAGAUUCUGGAAGAAAUGCAGGGUAUGGCAGAUGGGGCCGGCGGUGGUCUUACUCGAGAUGACAUUCUCACUCUCAAUGUUCGAAGUGAGAUCGCCCUGACGAAUUAUGCUGAUGGAUGCACGAGCAUUAGUCAAAAGGGCGAAGAAGGAGCCAUUUUCCUAGCACAGAACUGGGAUUGGUUGGAGGAGCUCAAGAAAGGGAUGGUUUUCCUCCACAUCAAGCCUGCAGGGUCAGAUAUUGAGUUCAAAUUUCUGUCAGAGGCUGGGAUUGUGGGUAAGUUUGGAAUGAACAGUGCAGGCUUUGGCUUCUGCAUGAACGCAAUCCGCUCUGGCGCUUUCGACAAAACUAAGUUCCCUGUACACGUCAUGUCUCGGCGUCUUCUUCAAUUUGCGACAAGCUUCGACAGCGCCAUCGCAAUUAUUGAUAAGUUUAGGGUUGCAAGCACGAUUAACUAUAUGUUUGCGGAUAAGAGUGGAAAGCAUGCGGACAUCGAAUGUGCUCCUCGUGGAAACACUCUUAUCAAUCCUCUCAACGGAUAUGUAGCCCAUACAAACCAUCUUUAUGGGCAUGGUCGACCAUUGGGGCUGACUGAUCAUCCUGCGGCAAACUCUAUGUCGCGGUUGGCACGAAUACAGGAGCUCACUGAAAUAGAUAGGAACAUGAAAAUGCCAACAACUUUUGAGUCACUUCGAAAGAGGUUGUCGGAUAAGGAGAACACUCCAUUUUCGAUCUGCAGAGAUAGACCACCUGGAGCCGUAGUGAUGAUCUGCCAAUGGUGUAUUGGUCAUUUGGGAUCAGAGCGUAGAAAGAAGACGUUCAACGAACUGCACGCGGGCGAAUUUGGCGUUUUCUUGCAGAAAAAGCCCGUGUUGCAUCACAAUUCAAGCUGA